AAGCAAGACUUGUUACAUUACUGAAGCUUUCUAAAGGAGAUGGUUGUACAUGACAUAUACGGCUCUCCCUAUCUUGAUUGGUUAUCUUCUCUCUUUCAAUUUCAGAGCCCAAAAAUCAGAUUAAGUACAAUAAUUUCUGAUAAAUUAUGAAGGCCUCAAGUGUCAGUUGUUUCCCAACUGGAACUAUGCCUUGUUGCAUCCCGGCCAAAAGAAAAAAAUAAUAAUAAUAAUAAAGAAAACAUGUUGAUUGGUGUUAAUAUUAUCAUUGAUGCCAAAAUAGAGAAGAUGCUUCAAAUCAUGAUCCAUCCAACAGCUGAACUCUGCAUUUCACAAUACCAGCUCAAGACCCCAUGGCAAGGAGGACAAACCCAAUGCAAGUAUCAAAAGUCGUAUCUUAUCUUUCCGGAACCAAAGCAAAGAAGAAUGACGAUCACUGGCGCCGGCGAAUCAGUCAUCGGUAAUUCCGUAAACCAUGAUCGUCUUAAAGAGUUAAAGUCCUUCGAUGAAUCCAAGGCCGGUGUCAAAGGCCUUGUGGAUGCUGGUAUUACCAAAAUCCCGAGAAUUUUCGUCCGACCGCCAGAAGAUCUUGCCGGCGACCGCCACGAUUCCAGCGAGACAAUCAAUACCCAAAUCACAAUUCCGGUCAUCGACCUUAGUGACAUCGCCGGCAGGCGUGCCGAUAAAGUUGCUGGUGUCCGGCGGGCCGCAGAGGAGGUGGGGUUCUUUCAGGUAGUGAACCAUGGAAUAGCUGAAAGGGUGUUGGAGGACAUGCUGGAGGGGGUGCGUGGGUUCCACGAGCUACCAACAGGGGUGAAGGCUGAUUAUUAUACUCGGGAGUCGACGAGGAAGGUGAAGUAUGUUAGUAACCAUCAUUUGUACAAUUCAAAGUUCGCUAAUUGGAGGGAUACUCUUUUUUGUAAUAUGGGUCCUGAGCCUCUUGACCCUCAAGAAUUGCCUCUGGUCAACAGAGACAUAAUUAUCGAGUAUUCUAAGCAAGUCCAUAAGUUGGGGAUCACUUUGUUUGAAUUGCUAUCUGAAGCACUUGGGCUCAAACCUGACCACCUUAUAGACCUGGAGUGUGCAAAGGGGCAUCAACUUCUCAGCCACUACUAUCCAGCAUGCCCUGAGCCCCAACUGACAUUGGGCACCACCAAACACUCAGAUCCUGAUUUUCUCACCAUCUUACUUCAAGACCAUAUUGCUGGACUUCAAGUUCUUCAUCAAAACCAUUACAUUGAUGUUCCUCCUGUUCCUGGAGCUCUAGUUGUAAACAUUGGAGAUCUCUUACAGCUCAUAUCUAAUGACAGAUUUAAAAGUGUAGAGCACCGAGUAAUAGCAAACCAGCAAGGACCAAGAGUAUCUGUUGCAUGCUUUUUCUCUCCUAAUCUUUACCUAUCAACAAUGGUUUAUGGCCCCAUCAAGGAAUUGCUGUCAGAAGAUAAUCCCCCUGUAUACAGGGAAACCUCUGUGCGAGAUUUCCUUGCUCACUUUGUUGAGAAAGGACUUGACGAGAACUCUGCCCUAACGCAUUUCAAGUUGCAAAGGCAACCAAGGAAAUAAGGGGAUUUGAAUUAUAAGCUGUGGCUCUUAAUAUUGUAUUUUAUAAGAACCUUAAGUGACAACAAAUUUCAUGUUAAAUAUACUUGUAUUUGCUUUGUUUAUGUACAACAAAAAAAAUAAUUUGCAUAUGA